UACCCCGAGCGUUUGUGCGCCGCGGCUCGCGCUCUGAGGGGCGGCGCUGCGCUGUGGUGCGGACCUCGGGGCGGCGUUGUCCGCGCGGCCAGGCACCUGGAAGGCUGAAGGCGAGAGGGGCAGAUGACGACGCUGAACACAGGUUCUUCAAGAAUCUCCAUAAUGAAUGGAUCCAGUACAGCAAGCACGUCACCCAAUGUGAAAUGCAAAGAGGACCAAGGGUUAAAUGGACAUGAGGAAAAGGAAAACCCAUUUGCAGAAUACAUGUGGAUGGAGAAUGAAGAGGAUUUCAAUAGACAGGUAGAAGAAGAGCUGCAGGAGCAAGACUUCUUGGACCGCUGCUUCCAGGAGAUGCUAGAUGAAGAAGACCAGGACUGGUUCAUUCCAGCACGAGACCUCCCUCAGGCUGUGGGACAUUUACAGCAGCAGUUAAAUGGACUGUCAGUCAGCGACACUCAUGAAUCUGAAGACAUUUUGAGCAAAAGUAACCUGAAUCCAGAUGCCAAGGAGUUUAUUCCAGGAGUGAAGUACUGAGCUGUUGGAAGCUUCCAGAAGGACUUGUCUUGUCCCCAUACCUGGGGCCAGCAAUGCGCAAAAAGGCCAAGCUGAAGUGGGGGUGUGCAGCCAAGGCGGGUUGGGUCGGGAAGGUGGUUUAACUGGACACUGUGACUCUGAGCAACUAAUGUUUGAGGUACUACUCUCUAA